AAGAUGAAGGAACAGAAAGAAGGCGGAGGAGAGGUUCGGUAUCGAGGCGUUCGGAGGCGGCCAUGGGGGAAGUUUGCUGCCGAGAUACGUGACUCGACUAGGCAUGGAGCGCGCGUCUGGCUCGGGACUUUCAAUUCUGCGGAGGAGGCUGCUAGAGCAUAUGACCGAGCUGCUUAUGCCAUGAGGGGUUCCUUGGCGAUUCUCAACUUCCCUAAUGAGUAUCAUACACCCGGCACGGCUAGCUCUUCAGCUUCAUCCUCAAUGGCCGAAGGUGAUCAGCAGGGAAAACAAGUUAUUGAAUUGGAGUACUUGGAUGAUAAGCUGCUAGAGGAUCUUCUCGACUCUGAAGACAAAAAGAACAAGAAAACCUGAAGUUUCUGCUGCCUCAGAUCCUCUGAAACCUAGUGCUUCAUCGAAAAAAAAUCCCCUCGCUCCUGAUUAACAAAAUUUUUAUUUUAGUCAAUGAAUGUGUUCUUGGAUCAUUAUAAGUAUUUCUGCCGAAGUCUAUUGAUUUUUGGAGACUGAAAAAUGUCAGAAAAAUUGGUGCGAACAGGUUUACUCCUUUCUAAAUUAUGCAAUUGAAGUAUUUGGAUUA